GGAACGUCAAUUUUAACACAAUACACAUGUUUCAGCCAUUUUGUUUUGGAUUUUUGUCUUGAUUAACAUUUGUUUGUUUGUUUGUUAUUGAAUUAACUGAAUAAUGUCAAGAGAAAACUCAUCAUAUCAGAUGGACAUUGAUCUGCCUGAUCUUAUUCAAGAUGGUUGGAAACGAUGUUUAUUUUGUCGAAAAAUCGGUAUUAAAGAUAGUUUUUACGGGAAAAAUAAAGAAUAUUGUUCAAGUGAAUGUUAUAAAUGUCAUUAUAAUUAUGUUGAUGUUAAUAAUAGUAAUAGUAAUCGUCGAUCAUCACAAAUCAACAACAGCAGCAAUAAUUAUAAUUAUAAUUCAAUAUUGCCUGGUUCACCUGAUGAUCCGUUAGUUUUUCAACGAAGAUGUACAUCAAUUCAACAAACAAAUCAAAUGUUUCCUAUACAGAAAAAUAUUAGUAAAAUUCUUAAAAUGACUAAUACAAAAACAAAAGGAAAAAAAUCUAAAUUAUCUAAUAAAUUGGAUACUGAUCUUGAUGAAAAUACAUUUAUUCCAUUGGAAUCAAUGAUCGAAGGUGGUAUGUUUCAUCAAGUAAAUUCCUUACAUAUGGCAUUUGAAUUACAUUCAUUCGCUCCUGUUCGUGCAUUUCAUCAUACACCAAUGAACGAUUGUUGGGAUGAUUUAUUUAAAAAUCGUGUUGUUGUCGAUGUUCGUCAACCAUAUCGUGAUCAAUAUUGGCGUGCAGAAUUGGUUGCUAGUUUUGGUUAUUUUCUUAAAUGUCGUUAUCUUGGUCCAGGUCCUGGACAAGGUAAUUCAUAUUUCCUUGCUAAUCCUCGUACAAGAAAAUUAUUACCCAUUAUUGAACGUAAUUCGGAUGGUCAAAUUAUUAAACGACAAUAUGUACAGCCAAAUUUUAUGCGUUUAGCAACAAUCGAACAUAUUUUUCAGCUAUCAAAAAAUGUAACAACAUUGGAAAAAAAUCUACAUGAAUCAUUUGAAGAUUGUAUCGUAUCAGAUCAAUAUGAUUGGAAUAUUUUCUACGAAACAAUCGAUCCAAUGGAUGCAUCCAGGUUUUUAAUCUGUAAAAUCAUUUCACGUUUUGGUGAUUGGUUAUUAGUUCGUUAUGAAUAUCCGGAUAAUGAUUUAAGAGAAUCAAAAACUGUUUGGGUUCAUCCGAAAUUGGGUUUUUUCCGCGUUCUUGGUUGGUCACAAUUAAUUGGAUAUCCUAUUUAUGCACCAAAUACUUAUAUUGCAUUAUCAUUAUAUACAUUAACUAAAUGUGAUUCAAUUGUUGAUGAAUAUCUUGUUAAUCCGGGUUUAUUUCCAUUCGAACCAAAUUCACCGAAUCAUUUUCAAAUUGGAACUUAUCUUGAAUUAUUGGAUCCAUUAAGUCAUCGAAUGAAAAUUGCAACAGUUGUAAGAAAAUUACGUUUCGGUUUUAUUGUACUUGAAUAUGAAGAUCAAUCGUUGAUAAAUCCGGAAAAAUUAACACAAAUCGUACAACAUGUUACAUCACCAUUACUAUUUCCAAUUGGUUUUUGUCAUCGUAAUAGUAUACCACUUUUUGUUUCAAAUGAUAUAAGAUUUGAUUCAAAAAUGAUAAAUCUGGCACAAAAAAUGAAAAUGAAAGCUGCCCAAUCAAAUUGUUUUCCAAACAUACCAAAUUCGAAUAAUAUUUUCAAACAAGGUAUGAUAUUGGAAACAUUCAAUAUGGUUGGUAAAGGUAUUAUUAGCUAUGCAAUGAUUGAUCGUGUUGUAGAUCGUUUGAUUUCGCUAAGAUUCAUCAAUCAAGAACCAUCAUUUCAAAUGUGGGCCGAAUAUACUAGUCCUCAUAUUCGUCCAUUCGGUUUUACACAUAUGUUGGAUAUUGAUUUUAAAUCACCUGUUCAACUUUAUAUUGAUAAUAUACGAUUCGCCGAUUUACAUACAAAAAUUUUACAAUUUAAAACAUCAUUACGUGAAUAUAUACGUUCGAUGAAUACUCAACUUAUACGAGAGGUUAGUCUGGCUAAUAAUAAAAAUCCUAAUCCAUCGAAUCAAAGACCUAUACAGACAUAUACACAACAACAACAACAACAAUCGACAAAUUCACAGCAAAUUGUUUAUAAAGUACAUGGAACGGAUUUUGGCCGCUUGGGUAAUAUGAUGAUUCGUACAGCACCACAGGAAAAUAAACGUGGACAUUAUGUACAUUUUCCUAGUAUUAAAAUUGAUACCAGUACCGUUAUACCGGAUAUUUAUUCCAAACCUAAACAAACAUUUUCCAAAGUAUUUUCUCGGAAUUCAGCGAAAAAAUCCAAAACUAUUGAUGAUGAGGAUAAUCAAAAAGAAAAUACAGAAGAAUCAUUAUCGAAAAAAGUUAAAUAUGAUUAUUCUGAAAUGAAUCAAAAGAAAAAAGAUAAUUUUGGUUAUAAUAUUGAUGAAUCGGAUAUUGUUUCCGAUAAUAUUGAUAAACAAGAUUUAUUUAAAGAAUUUAAAGAAAAAGUUUAUAAAUUAGCUGAAUUAAAACAACCAAAUCUUAAGGAUUUAAGUGAUAAACCAUUGGAAUGGACUGUUGAUGAUGUUCAAACAUUUAUGAAAAAUAAUUUAAUUGAUUCGGAAAAUUUUCAAUUUCAUCCAUCCAAAGAAAUUAAUGGCCAAAAAUUUUUACAAAUGGAUCAUAUUGAAUUCAAUAAAUCGUUGAUUGAAUCAUCAAUGUCUUUGGCAAUACAAUUACAUUUAUUAAAACUUAGCCUUAUUGAACAUCUUAAAUUAGAUUUGAAUGAAAUUUUUCCGAAAAAUACCUGAAAAAAUUGCCUAAUUCGGGAAAUUCGAUCGGAUAAACGAACAUGUUUUUUUUGUGUGCCGGUCACCGGUUAUUGAUUUUGUACAUGCUUGA